AUGGAGCCUGCCGGGUCGAGCAGAGUCAGCGAUGCUAUGGAAGCGGUAUGCGAAACGAGGAGCGUCGCUCUGAAGGAAUAUCUCCUCGAACAGGCGCGAUUGGCAGCGCGGAAGCAUCCGGUGCUGGAACCGCAAAUGUCAUGGUAUGUGCGGAGACAGCACCUCAGGUCGAAAAUAACGGCUCUGAUAGAAUCUGUUGUCGAGUCCGUCAGCAUUGGCCGUUUACCGUCGCUGGAGAUAACUUUCGACUCUUGGGAUUCGGUGAACGUCGAAACUGGAGUCCUCCGAUCGAAAGACAGCUUUUCGAGAUGCAGUGACCUAGGGACCGUGAAUAAAGUGGAGCGUUUCGCCCGUUUGAUGGUAGUGCUAAAGAUCGUUUACAGCUUACUCACACGCAACGAAAUAUCCACGGUGCGACAGAUUUUUUACGAUAACGUGAAGCUCUUCGAGAAUCAAAUGAACGUCAGCCUGGUCCUCCACGACAUCGCGAAGCUCCUCGAUUGCUCCCGCAGGGAUUUGAACGUCGUAUCAACCGCCAAGGUGGAGACGAGCGCGAAUGUGGUUCUGAUAGUGGAGAAAGAUGCCAUUUUUCAGAAACUCCUCGAUCAAGACGCUUUGACGUUCUUCCGCAACCUAAAUAUCGAUCUUCUCCUGGUCACGGGCAAGGGUGUCCCCGAUCUGAAUACCCGGCAACUGAUCCACAUACUUGCCCAUCUCGCCAUUCCGCUUGCGAAAUUCUUUGUUUUGACCGAUGCGGAUGCUUACGGAAUAGAAAUCGCAGGCAUAUACAGCUUCGGUAGUCUCGUGCAAGCUUAUGCGGAGAACUAUGGUGUCCCCCAAAUCAGUUUCAACAUGCGCCCGGAGUCGCGAAUCGUUUCCUCGACGAUGCAUCAAAAGCGUUUGCAAAACUUAUUGGUGCGACCAUGGAUGAAGCUCCGCCGACAGUGGUAUCAAGAGGUACUGAAACUAUUAUCUCUACGAUGUAAGGCAGAGAUCCAAGCAUUGGAUCAAUUCGGUCACUCAUUCCUACUGAGAACCUACCUAAGUGAUAAACUCCGAGGGAAGGAGGGAGCCGAACUUUGA